GUAAUUAUACAAAUUUCAUAUAAAAUUUUAAUUUUUUAGCAAAUUUGUAAAAGAUAUGUGAAUUAUUUUCAUUUCAUUGUAUCAUGCUGUUUAUUUAAAUCGAGAAAAACCGAGUUUUGUAUUAAUUUAAUAAACAAUUGAUCCAAAAAAUGUAGAUGCGGACUAAAACAUGAAAUUAAUUACAUUAUAGUUAAAAUAUAAUUAGGAUUUGUAGAAGAAUGUGGGAGCAAAUGUUAAAAUCUGAUGAGCAAUUCUUCAAGAAGGCAUAUUAUCUGAACUACAAAACACUUCUGGACUAUCAAUUAUUUCGUAGCAAUAGGUCGAUGUUAGUAGCCAACUUUUUCUAAUUGGUUAUCCAUUGCGCAUCCACGGGAAUGUUAUAGUUUGACUUUUUAGAAUUGUGGGAGCAUCAGCGCGAACUCUCUCUCUCCUCUUCGGAAAUCAGUAGUGCCACCUACGGCGUUCUCUGUGACUACGUUUUUCAGUCACGACGUCACUUCCCAGUUAAACGUGGCCGACUCGCAGCAAGGAGUGGCAUCCAAGCGAGCGUCGCGAGCUGUCAAGCUGUCGGCCCUGAAUAGCCCGUCAGAGAGCUAGCGGAGACUUUAAUCAGCCGGUGCAGCUGAUCGCUUAAAUGGCUCGUCGUGGCGGCCAUUGAGCGCGUUAUCGAAUAUCUGUUGGCAUCGAAACCGCCGGUUUAGACCUGCCGAGAAUCCGUUCAGGCGCGACGAAAGAAAAACAUGUCGUCCUCGGGCGAUUUCGGUAACCCAUUGCGGAAGUUCAAGCUCGUCUUUCUGGGCGAGCAGAGCGUCGGAAAAACAUCUCUUAUUACACGGUUUAUGUAUGACAGCUUUGACAACACAUACCAGGCUACAAUAGGUAUAGAUUUCUUAAGCAAAACUAUGUAUCUUGAGGAUAGAACUGUGCGACUACAGCUGUGGGACACAGCGGGGCAAGAACGGUUUCGCUCUUUGAUACCUAGUUACAUCAGAGAUUCUACUGUCGCGGUCGUUGUUUACGAUAUUACCAACGCCAACUCGUUUCAUCAAACAUCCAAAUGGAUAGACGAUGUGCGGACUGAAAGAGGAAGUGAUGUGAUAAUUAUGCUAGUAGGCAAUAAAACUGAUUUGAGUGAUAAGAGGCAAGUUUCAACGGAAGAGGGCGAGCGGAAAGCGAAAGAACUAAAUGUGAUGUUUAUCGAAACUAGUGCUAAGGCUGGCUACAACGUUAAACAGCUAUUUAGAAGAGUAGCGGCGGCUCUACCGGGUAUGGACUCCACCGAAAACAAGCCUCCCGAAGACAUGCAAGAGGUAGUGCUCAAGGACACGCCAAUCGAACUGAAAGCCUCGGAGAGCAGUUGUGCAUGCUAAGUCGUCGUCGGCCUGUACGGUAGCAGGGUAUCGAAUCGAAUCGAAUCGGAAGGAGUUUUAUUAAUUUCCGAACAGAACCCGAAUCGUCCCAGAUCGUUCUGGAGCGGUUUGAGGAUCUUUUUCGAGAAAUAUAAAACCGAUCAAAUUCCAAUGAAAUUUCUAAGAAAGCUCUUUUUCAAGUUUUCAAUAAGCAUUACAAGCAAAUAGUAAAGUGUACAUAUUAAUAUUAUUACUUAUAAUUAAUAAUAUUAAUGUAUAAUAAUAUUAAUAUGUUAUCAUUUACCAAAAAACAUUUUAAUUUCUUUAAUAAAAUCGAGAAACGUUCUCUUGGAAAUUUUCUUAGGAAAUAUAUAUAUAUAUAUAUAAGAUUAUUAUACAUAAUAUAUUAAUAAUAUUAAUUGAAUUAAUUUAUUAAUUUAUAAUUCUGCUUCAAGAUUAUUUGAAGAGAAUAACAGUUCUGUUUCUGUUCGAUGCCCUGACUAGUAGACAAAACACUGAGCUCUAAGUUAACUUAUAAGUUAAUGACUUAGGAUACUGAUUGCAUUCGGCCUGUGGUUUUCGUGAAGUCGUGGAAAGCCGUGCACUGAGCAGCAACGAUUUUUAUUAAGACGAGAAAAAAAUACAGUUUCACACAUUAGCUUAAGACUGCUUUUACUCACUGACGUGUUUCCGUAUAUUAGCCGAUUGUAGAAAGAUCUAACUCUUUCGGCUUUGAUGCGGCAAUUACAUUCUUGAUUAAAAAUUAUGGAGCGCCUUUAAAAAAUCGCGAGGAUCCAGAUUGAAUCUAAUUGGGAUUCUUGCAGUAUUAAGUAGACUAAAAAGUAUGGCAAAUUGUUUUACUUUCUAUUGCUAUCACAUGAUCAAAAUGCUUGAAUUUAAAAAAUUAUUAUUCAAUUACAUAUUGGAAAUAAUUAUUCGAAUUAAAAGUAAUAAUUUCAAAAUUAAUUGCAUUUUCUUAUUUAAAUUUUUAUUAAUUAAUAAAAGUUCUUUAUAUUUUUGGACAAUGCAUUCAUUACGUAUUUCAAAAAAGUCGAUGUUUAGAUUUACAAAAGGCAAUUAAAUAUUUUUUUUCCGUAUUUAAGUACGUAUCAGAGCUGAAAGAGUUGAGAUAUACUCUUUAUUAAAGUAUCAAAGUUCACCUGAAUUUAUUUCACUUGUUAAUAUCGUACAUUAUUUUUUUACAAUUAAACAUACAUCGAUAGUUGCUCAAAUUGACAUUAAACGGCUGAUAGAAGUAAAUCAUAUUUUUCGUGUUUCUUAUUUAUUUUGCAUUUUUUCAAGAAAGUUAAGAUAUUAAUUGUCUUAUACGUUUGCAAUAAAUAGAGAAAAUAAGACAGCUGCAUUUGCAUUUACGAUAUUCAGCAACAAUCACAUCGAUUUGGAGAUUAUGAACUAUAGAAUAAACGCGUUACGUAAAUGCAGUCCUCGAGAUUUAAACAUUUCAAAUAGUGAGUCAAGUUCUAAUCACUAAUAAUAUAUAGAUCCUCGCUUUAUCGAUACUAUAGAAAAAAAAUAAGUAACUGAAACUCAACGUUGAAAGCUUAAUUCGAUCUAAUUCUAAAUGCAUGAAUAUUAAUUGAUGCUGGGAAGUUAGUAAAAAAUAAGAAAAAAAAGAGAAAACGAAGGAAAAAGCAUUUAAAAGAAAUUUUUUACGGAGUAAGUGAAUAAUUAAUUAGCAGCUAAUUAUAUCUCUUUUCUACAAAUACUUUAAGAGUAGAAUAAAUGAACUCUGUACAAACUCGGA